UAUCUUUGGUCAAUAUCUGUCAUUCUUGGUCAUUAUAAAUGCAUAUUGACCGACAUCGAGUCCAUUUUUGUAAAAUAUAUAAAGGGGGUGGAGGUUACUAAUAGUAAUGAUUGAUAAGAAAAUAAAAAAAAUGUAUAAUAUAGAUCUGUAAUGUGUUUUUUUUUUAAUAUUAGGCAAUUUAGCACGACCAAAAGAGAUGCUGAUGAGGUGAAGAAGAAAUACUUUAAUUUGAAGCAGAGAGCCAAAGAGAAGAUUGACCUUAUCAAGCGGUCAGUUAGACAGACAGGUGGUGGACCAGCACCUCCCCCCUUGACAUCUGCAGAGGAGGCAUUGGCCAAUUCACUGGACGGGAGGCCAGUAGUUGAAGGGAUAGAUGGAGGGAUAGAUACAGAUGUCAUUGAAGAAAGCAGUCCUGCUCCAUGCAGUUCAUUGUCGGAUGCACCUACAUGUAGUGCUACACCUCAAGUGUACGAAAAAAACAUCAUGAAGAAAACAAGGCCGGGAACGUGUUCAGAAAUAGACAAAUUAUUGGCCGAAAACCUGAAAAUGGACAAGCAAAGACUGGAGUUAGAGGUUCUGAAGCUGAGAAAAGAAACUGAAAAACUUUCGGAGGAGAUUGCCUAUUUUAAUGUUAAGAAAUUAUAUUAUCAAUUAAAACUGCAAACAGAGUUCCAGAUUCCUAUUGCUGAGCCUUAAAUGU